UCUUGUUCAACCUCCAUCAGGGUCUUCUGUGAUAAAAAUGGGCAGUAGAUGGGAUAGAUCAAAUCCUGCAUCAGCAGCAGCGGCUGCUGCAGCCAAGUUGUCUUCUCAAUACGGUGGUCCUAGAGAAACAGAUGCACCAUAUUACACGCGCAUUGAAGUGAACGAUUUGAAAAACAGAUACACACUCACGAAAUCAGCCACCCAACAAUCAAUAUACGACGAGACUGGUGCACAAGUAUCAACUAAAGGACAAUGGUACCCAGAUAAAUCAAGAGCUACUGCAGCUGAUCCACCGCUAUACCUUCUCAUUGAAGCUCAAACUCAGGAUUCAUUCGAUAUGGCGGUAAAAAAAGUGCACGAGUUGAAGGACUCUGAAUUGCAGCCACUAGUUGAAGACAGAAGUCGUAAAUUUGAGGAGAGGGCAGCUACCCGUCGCAAAUGGGAUGAGUUCAAGGUAUACCUCAACAUGGAACCACUGAGGAACUUCAACCUGAGGGCUAAGAUAGUAGGACCCGGUGGUAUGUUUGUAAAGUACAUCCAGCAGGAAACGAACACAAAGGUGCAGAUAAAGGGACUUGGUAGUGGCUUUUUGGAGCAAGAUACCGGUGUAGAGAGCCAAGAAGCGAUGCAUGUGAACAUUGCAGGGCCAGAUCCUUCACAGUUCACCUAUGCGCGGGAGUUGACAGAGGAUUUGAUAGCUGCUGUUAGGGGAGAAUGGGAGAGAGUGCAAGGAAUCGUGCCAGAGGUGCAGCAACAAGCUGACCAAAGCCAGCAAUAUGGAGAUAUGCCAGCAAUACCAGAUCCUAACGACAAGGAAGCGGUUGAAAGGUAUAACCAGUACUGGACGAGCCACGGCUACGAUGUGAACGACCCAAGUUUCAAGGAAUGGCAAAAACAGCAAGAGGAGUACUACGCACAAUAUUAUGCACAAUAUCAGCAGCAAGCAGGACAAGAGCAAACAGGAUAUCACGCUGUACCGCCUCCAAAUAAUUUAUGAUGAAUGAAUGUUUAUUGAUUAGCUAGUA